CAGUAGGCAGUAGGCAUCAAGCGUCUUGCGUGGCUGCGUCCAAGUCCAAGCGCCAUCCGGCCACCAGCGCAGGUACCGAGCCACCGAGGUAGGAGCCGGCCACCGGGCAGAUCCCAGGCUGCCAGCCACCGGCGUCCAGCACUCCGGCUGCUAGCUACCGGCCACCCGCAGCGCAGGCCACACCAACGGGCAGCAACCGCAUGGUGCCAUAGCUGUCGACGAACACCAGCAACCAGACGGCCAGAUCCCAGUAAUUCGAUUUAUUAUAUCUUCGUCGAGGAUAGUGACACGUCACGUCAGUGUCCGGCCAUCGCUUGAGAGGCACGAAUGUCUUCGCUGCGCCGUCACGAUCCAGACUCGCAUCCCCUUCUGACGCGCACCCAUUGCGGGCAGACGUUUGGGCUUUGUGUGGAUGGAUCAUGGACGUACAUACCACAUUUGUUUUUUAACUAAAUCUUCACUUCUUUGAAUCGCAGAGUCCAACCCAAGGAUGGUUCAGGCUACGGAAGGGCAAUGCACUGCUUCUUAGACUAUUGAAGAAUUUAUAGGAUGAUGUGCAGGAGCAGGCAGCUACUAUGCAAUUUUCUAUUUAUUGUACUCUUGCCACGAACUGCUCGUAAUUCUCUUUCAGUUUGUUGCAGAGCGUGGGCAGUAAAUGCAAAGAAAAAAACACAGUUGCAGAAAUUGCUAGCAAUAGACUAUACAAGAUAGAGCCAAAUUGAGCAAAAAAAAAGACCAUUCCCAUUUGGAUCACCAUUCCCUAACCACAGCAAAAUGAAGUUGGAAAAUUGAGUAGUUGAGUGCCGUGUAUGCACAUGAGCAGGGCUAAUACUUUAUAAGAAAUGUGCUGGUUCUUGAUACUCCUCCAACCAGUUGUAGAAGAAUUCUGGUUUGGCUGAAGUAGUUUUACAUCCGAAAGAUGGACUUUGUACAGAUAUAUUCUCUGUCAACAAUAUGUAUAUCCAGGCGGAGAUGAACUUGGAGGGAAGCAGAUUUACAGUUUGGUGAUAUUAUAUAUUAUCAAUUGCAGUUUAUUAAUGUUGCGCUUCUUCUCUAUUAUCAAACUAUUCACACAAGACUUCAUGUGUGCGUGUGUGAAAGAUUUUAUUAGUGUAAGGUCUUUAGGGACAGUUCACAUUGAAGUUCUGGUGCCUACAUAAAUUGUAAACCAUACAUGUUGACAUGGGUACACAUCUCAUGGCUAUAUACAACUUUGACAUGAGGUUUAUCUUAAGAUUGUGUGUUCCAAUAAAAGCUAUUACUAUUUCUUGCAUGUGCAUGUCUUUAGGAUAUCCAUUUUUCUUUAUAGAUUUAUUUAUUUACAUCGCUUACUGCUUACUAGCCUAUUUUUUCUAGCAAUUUCUGCAAGUCGGCCCAUCGCGUUGAACUAAACCAUCUCUAAUUUCCUACAACUUCAACUCCAACAACAGAGGUACCACAAUGGACUUCUUAAGAAGAAUAGGAACCGUGUACAUAAGCUUUUUUGCUCUAACAAAAUAAGAGUGGUUGUUGCAACAAUGGCAUUCAGAAUGGGUCUUGAUAAGAGUGACGUUGAACGGGUGGUUGAUUGUAUCUUGCCAGAAAGCGUAGAAGAAUACAUACAUGUAUAUUCCAUGCAGAUUCCCCCCACCCUCCCAUUUUCUUCUCUUUUCUAGACAUCUUACUAUGCUCUUUCUAGGAAACUGGCCGUGCUGAUUCAACAACAUUCUAUAAAAGUCGAAGUCUUUUGCACAAAUGAAUCUUAUCUUCUUGUCCUUUUUUUCUUGUAAUUUACAUUUCCAACCUGCUCUAAGUUUCCUACAUAAUGACUUCAAUAAACCCUUUUUACAGUGAAGUUCACGAAUAUGCUAUGAGAAAAUUCUUUGCCAGAUAUUUUCUUGUGAAAAUUCAGUUGGAUGCAUUUGCUCCUUGGUUAAAGAGUCGACUUCAGACAAGUUAGAUAUAAAAGAGGAGGCGGAGCUGCGAUGCCACCAGGUGGAGCCGUGCCUGCUCGCUCAGGCGUCAUGACGGAGCCGAACGCGAGGAGCCGAGUGUUUUAUCCCCGCCGAAGCCCAUCCCCAUUUGAUACCAGCGAGCGCAGACAUCGCCGGGGACGCCAUCAUCCUCGGCUGCCUCCAAGACCGGCCCACCGUUCUGCCUGCACUCCCACUCCCAAACCCCAUGAUGAACCUCCCUUUCCGGCUCCGCCAUCUCCGACGCCUUCUCGCUGCCCCGCCCUUACCAACCCUCGCCGCCACACACUCCCAUAGCCCACCCUCCUUCCGACCGCUGCACCCCACCCGAAUCCAGCCGCUGCGGUUCCAUCUACCCAACCCCCCAGUGCGGCGGCUCUCCUCCGAGCACGCAAUCCUCCCCACCCACCUCCAGGACGAGCGCUUCGCCACGCUCUCGGAUAGGAUCUAUGAUGCCGUGAUUAAGACGGGGACGGAAUCCAACGAGGGCACCGAGGCCGCGCUCGACGCGUUGGGCGCUGAGCUGACUACCCCUCUCGUCGCCGACGUGCUGCACCGCCUCCGCUACGAGGAGAAGCUGGCGUUCCGGUUCUUCGCCUGGGCGUCCCAACAGGACGGAUACAGCCACGAACCGACGACUUACAACGACAUCAUCGACAUUCUCUCCGGCACGCGGUACAAGAGCCGCCAGUUCGGUGUCCUCUGCAACGUGCUCGAUCACAUGAAGCGCCAUGGCUCGAGGUCGGUGCCGGUUGAGGGCCUUCUGGAGAUCCUGCGCGCCUACACGGAGAAGCAUCUCACGCACAUGAGAAAGCUGGCCAAGAAGCGGCGGGUUCGGAUGCGUACGCCGCCAGAGACUGACGCGCUCAACGUUCUGCUGGACGCGUUCUGCAAGUGUGGGAUGGUCAAGGAAGCAGAGGCAGUGUUUGGCCGCGUGAAGAGGAAGUUGCUGGGUAAUGCAGAGACGUACAGUACCCUGUUCUUCGGGUGGUGCCGGGCGAGGGACCCCAAGAAGGCCAUGAAGGUGCUCGAGGAAAUGAUUCAGAUGAAGCACACCCCAGAGAGUUUCACCUACGUUGCAGCCAUCGAAUCAUUUUGCAGCGCUGGAUUGGUGUCAGAGGCAAGGGAACUGUUUGAGUUCAUGAGGACUGAGGGGUUGACGGUGUCAUCGCCCACAGCCAAAACAUAUUCGAUUAUGAUUGUUGCAUUAGCAAAGGCUGACCGGAUGGAGGAGUGUUUUGAACUGCUUUCAGACAUGAGAACUUGUGGUUGUAUGCCUGACGUGACGACUUAUAAAGAUUUGAUUGAAGGGAUGUGCUUGGUGGGUAGACUGGAUGCUGCUUAUCGUGUGUUGGACGAGAUGGGGAGGGCUGGAUUUCCUCCUGACAUUGUCACGUAUAAUUGCUUUCUUAAUGUGCUUUGUAGUCUUCGAAAUGCUGAUGAUGCACUUGAACUCUGUGAGAGGAUGAUAGAGGCACACUGUGAGCCCAGUGUUCAUACCUAUAAUAUGCUGAUGAUGAUGUUCUUCGAGAUGGGAGAGGCACAUAGAGCAUUAGAUAUAUGGCUUGAGAUGGACAAAAGAGGAUGUCAACGUGCUAUCGAUACCUACGAGAUAAUGAUCUAUGGUCUCUUUGAUUGUGGAGAAACAGAAUAUGCAACUGCUCUUCUAGAUGAGGUUAUAAACCGUGACAUGAAACUUUCAUACAAGAAGUUUGAUGCUAUAAUGCUGAGGUUAUCAGCUGUAGGCAACCUUGGUGCGAUACAUCGGUUGUCAGAGCAUAUGAGGAAAUUUUACAAUGUUGCGAUGUCGAGACGAUUUGCAAUCACUCAGAAGAAGAAGAGCAUAGGCCUGAGAAGGAAAUGAGUGCCGUGGCUAUUGCUGCUGUUGUUUCUUGUUAGUUGUUACUGAGGAUAUUCAGGAGCUUAUUCAAAGGUAGUUAAUGUAUGCCAGCACGUAUUGUUGGAACAGAUUACAGUGGAAGAAGCACUGCAUUUUUUUUAAUGUAAAAAAUAGGAGUGUUGCAUAACCCCAUUCAUUUGUUGAAUUGAACCGGUGCUGUGAAUAUCAUUGCAUUUGCAUUGUAGAAGAAACAUGUACAAGGUAACCCCUCAACCGCACCCAUUCAUUGUUGCAACGUGCACGAAACACCAAUCCGCUGGCGCCACAAAUAUUAGCUGCAGCCCUAUUUUGUUUGAAUCCUAUGAAGAGGGCCUCUUUUGUCCUUGUUCAUGUGGGGCGCCUUUCUUCCUUAUGCUCAGAUGAAACAUGUAGCUGUGUAAGCCUGUAUAACUGGAUUUCUUGCCAUUAAACCUGUGACCCCCACCACUUUCCUCAUGCUGCAAGUGGAAUUAGUAUUAUUGUUGGUCUACACAUCCCGUUCAUUUUCACUAAAACAGGAUACCGCUGCAGAUUAUUUUGAUUUGUAGAGAGAGCAUCUUUGUUCUAUUAGUAGUGUGCUUUACAUGUAGAGGGUGACAAUUACUACAAUUUGGCCGUUUUAGCUGGUUGCCAAAUCUGAGGACCUAACUGUAGUAUAUGUAUAUUUAGUGUGUGCACUGCAGCUGCAUCAAAAUUGUAGCUGCACUGUCGUGGAGCUAUUAAAGAUGCCAAACUAGUUAAUAGGUUCAUGGCUACAGCAAGAUUCGACCACUGGAGCGACUAGCGAGUAUGGAGAUGGAUAGUCGUUUUAUACUCCGGCUUGCCUCGUGAUGUAUAGCCGUGUAGGUAACUAACUAGGUGACGGCUACUGGUUUUCAACAAACACAUAUCGGGGCAUCGGGUGAAGCCGCCAAACGCAUAUGAGCAGCGUUGGCUUUGUCUCUCUCGUCUCUCCGGUCCUUGUUGAGUUGUUGUAAAGGUUCAAAGGCUGUGGGCUUGUGAGCUACUAGGUACUAGCUGUGUACCCUUUGUUGCUCCAACUGAUGAGAACCUGGAACGCACCAUGCCAAGAAACCCUGGAAUUGAGAGCUUCGGAUCCUCGGAUGCCAUCAAGAUUCUGAUCAAGCGAGCGCAGAUGAAAUUCUCUGAAAUCGAGGUCUCGUGGCAGGGCCCGGCGGAGCGCUUCGGGGGUCGCGGGUUUUCAUGAGUCCCGAGGUAAAAUAUGGCUGGUUCUGACCGAAAAGAUAUCUCUGCCAAGUGAUCUCUUCCGGUUCCUGUCCGCCUCCGCCCGUCCCAUUCCAAUAUGCCAUGCAUGAUUCUCCGCGUCAAGCAGCUGUCUGAACUCUGAAAUCCCCGCGUGUUUUUACUGCUCAUAUCUUUUCUUUCAUUAGACCGUCUCUUUUUCCGCGUAGGAACUGUAUUAUUUCACAUAGGAGAUUUUCACACGAAAAAUGUACAGAUAGAAAAUACAAUCCACCCAUUCCAAACCGGGUUUAUUACAUUUUAUUUUUUUAACA